UCGCAUCAAUAGCUUUUACUUGACAUAAAGGUCCAAAUGGUUAGGUACUUAAAUAUAAAGUAUUAAAUAUUUAAUAAAUACAGGAAAUAACAACCAUGGCUUCUACCUAACAAGGAUAAAGGUUAGGUGCAUUAUAUAUAAAGUAUCCGAAUCACUCCCUUGAACAGUGCAAUGCAACAGGCUUUGUGUCCAUGACAGAGAUUGCUUUCUAAGUUUUUCAAACCACCACACUUCGAAGAUUCGAAGUUCUUGCAAUGGCAGGCCAAGAGCACCGAAGGCCUCAUGUGGCCAUGCUACCAAGCUCAGGCAUGGGCCACUUAGCCCCGUUCACUCGCCUCGCCACCCUCCUCGCAAAAGACCAUGGCUUCACCGUCACGAUCCUUGUGCCUACUUCACUUGUCUCAGUUCCUGAGUCGCGAACCCUCGAUGCCCUCUUCUCCUCAGGCCUCGACAUCCACCGUCUCCCCUACUCUCUUCCCCCACCUCUCUCUGAUAACAUCGACCCAUUCUUUAAACAAUGGGGUCUCAUUAGUCGCUCGAUCGAUGAACUAAAGCCCAUUCUUGAAAACCUCAAUGGCCUCUCUGCUCUCAUAACCGAUAUAAGCCUCGCGGGCGCAAUGCUUCCCCUUACUAACCAAUUGGGCAUUCCAAAUUAUAUCUUCUUUACCUCCUCUGCCUUGAUGCUAGCCUUCGUUGCACACUUCCCAUCCCUCUCGACUGAUUUCGCCAACCACCCAGUUGACAUCCCAGGCCUACCUCCAUUUCCUCCAGCUUCGAUCCCUCCAGCUUUGAAAGACCCGAACCAUGCAUUCACCACUCUCUUUCAAGCCAAUUCGAAUGCCCUCCCCAAGGCCACAGGCAUAAUCUUAAAUACCUUUAGAGCUUUCGAGACUGACGCUCUCAGUGCCCUUGCUAUGCAAGCCCAUGUCCCCCCAAUCUUCCCCAUAGGCCCAUUGCCUCCUGAUCCACUGGGUCCAUCAGCUCCCAUGGAUUGGCUUGACGGGCAACCGAAUGGGUCGGUCAUAUAUGUGAGCUUUGGAAGUCGAACUACCAUAUCGAAAAACCAAGUUGACGAAUUGGGGGCUGGGCUUGAGGCUAGUGGAGUGAGGUUCUUGGCGGUGGUCAAGUCCAAGGUGGUGGAUGAGGGGGCUCAGGGGUUGUCUGUGGUUAAGGGAAGGGGAAUAGUGGUGGACGGUUGGGUUGAUCAGGGUUCAGUGCUUGGGCACCAAUCAGUUGGUGGGUUCGUGAGCCAUUGUGGUUGGAACUCAGUGGCUGAGGCGGCUUUGAAUGGGGUGCCUAUACUGGCUUGGCCUCAAUUUGGCGAUCAGAUGAUCAAUGCUGGCGUGGUGGAGAAGAGUGGGCUUGGGGUGUGGCCUCAGGGUUGGUGCGGUGAAAGGGUUGUGAAUCGAGAAGAUGUUUGCAAACAAAUAAAAGGAUUUAUGGGGGAUGUGUGUGCGAGGGAGGGUGCAGCAAGAGUGAGGGAGGAGGCAAGGAAAGCGGUUGCUGAUGGUGGGGAUUCUCAUUUGGGGCUCGUGAGAGCCAUGGAAAAAUGGAGUCACCAUUAGGUAGCUGAUGGUUGAUAAAUCAUUAAUAAAAGCUU